AUGAGAGCAACAGAAGUACAAUUAACUGUUGAACAUCAAUUACCUGUACUUCUCUAUGAAUCUUAUCCUGUGAAAAUUAAAAUAAAAAAUUGUGAAAAUGUUGAUAUACAUCCAGCAACUUUGACUUGUACUUGUUCAACUUCAGAUGAUAACUCUCAAACAUCGGAUGAUAUUUUUCUUUUCCGAUUAAAAAGAAAAAAAUAUAUAUUGAAAUACAAAACUUUGAUUGCUGAUGUUAUUUAUGAUGAUGAUUUAACUGAUGCAUUAUUUAAUGUAUUUAUAAAAUUAUUCCAAGAUAAAUUAAAUCUUUAUUCAAUUUGUAUAACAAUUGAAAAACGAAGUAUUUUUUAUCUUGAUACAGUAUCUAUUCAAUGUCCAGCAUAUGAAUAUUUUGCUUGA